AUGUCAAGGACUGUGAACAUUGCGAUAGUGUUCAUUGUUGGACUCGCAGUGGCAUACCUUUAUAAUGACUACUUGGUAACAACAAGACAGAAUGAAUUGCUACAACAAAAGAUACAGGAGCAGAGAGACACCUUGAUUGAACAAGAGAGACAAAGACAACAGGCAAUGUUGGAGGAGCAACAAUCAAAGGCUGCCACUACCGCCACCACCAAUAACAACAACAAAGAGACUGAGAAGGAGGCGGCACAGAGGGCAAUCGACGAGGAGCUACGCUCACGAUAUGAACUCAACUUUGCCAAGGUGAUAGAUUUGAAUAGCACCAACUUCAACAGAGCCAUUGCAGAGAAUGAGAAUGUGUUGGUGAUGUUCUAUGCACCUUGGUGCGCUCGCUCUAUCGCCUUGCUGAAGGAGUUGCGUGCCGCCCGCAAGUUGUACAACAAUGAACAACAGCAGCCGGUGCUCAUUGCCAAGGUCAAUGGACAGGCUCAGGCCGAGCUGCGCGACCGUCUAAAGAUCAAGUCCUAUCCGCUGUUGCAGUUGUAUCGCAAGCAGCGUCCAGUCCUCACACACAAUGGACCAACGCAGCCACAUGCCUUGGCCGCCUUCCUCUCGACCAAUACGCUGGCCGCCAUGGAGACGAUUGAGACAAAGCAGCAGUUUGAUCAACUGUUGCUCAGAUCACCUCAUACCAUCAUUGGAAUGUUUGCCAACAAGGAGACGCCAGAGUAUGCCGCCUUCCAAAAGGUCGCCCAGAAGAUCAGUGGCAAGGUCCAGUUGGCACUGGUGGGCAAUCAGCAAUUGAUCGAUGUGUUGGCGCAACAACCAUUCCUCAAGGAUCACAGCGAUGUCAAGCAGGGCGUGCUGAUUGCCAUCCCACAGGAGGGCGUCUAUCAGUUCAACGACAUGGGCAAGACAUCAUCGGCAUCGGCCAAAUCACUCUACAAAUGGAUGGCCGAGACACAGCCUGCAGUGAUGGAGCUAACUGGAUCAUCGUUACACAGGAUGACCAAGAACAAGGCCAAGCCAUCCGCACUCCUGUUUGUGAACUACUCAUCAGAGACACCCUACAACGUCGAGCAGCAUGGUCUACCUUUCUCCCCAUCCGUUGCCGCACUCCACAAAGUUGCAUCCAAGUAUCGCCAGAGCAUCCAACUAUUCUUCAUUGACAAACUUGGAGGCAGCGACUCUACUCAAUCAAUCAAUGGAGGAUUGGUCAUUGUGGAUCUGAAGAAAGAGGCACAUUACCUAUACUCGCAGGAGAAUGAGUUAACAGUGGAUACACUCAAAUCAUUCUUGGAUGGCUUCACUCAUGGCAAGCUGUCGCCUGUGGUUGCUUCACAAACCUUGGCAAUCAAGCCAGCAAUCCCCAACACUCUACAGGUGGUCUACGACACGUUCGAUCAGCAGGUGCUCAAGUCCAACAAGCAUUCACUAGUCUACUUCAAUCAGCCUUGGUGUGGAUUCUGCAAGACGAUGGGAUUGUACAUUGAGAAGGCCGCCGAGCAGCUCAAGGACACCAGUGUGCAAGUGGUCGACUAUGACUGCAGCGAGAACACUGUUCCAGAGGUAGUGUUGCCAAUCAUCGAUGGAUAUCCCUACAUUACCCUAUUCGUCAGCGGUAACUCUGUUCCAAUACCAUACACCGGAGACCGAAGUGAUCAAUCAAUCAUCACAUUUGUCAAGUCACAUGUGACUCCAUGA